AUGGAGACCGAUGGCGUAUACUACAGAGUCACUGUCCUUUACGGAUUCGACCUGGUCUGUGCGAGCACAGUCACUGGAAUGUGUGGCAUGCAUCUAUCUCAUUCAACCUACCGCUGCAUUCUUUGUCACUGCACCAAUGACACCAUCAACCAUGUGUCUCGACUGGACCAGUUCACACUCAGAACACUGGAGUCAAUCAAACAUGAUGCUGAUAUGAUCAAGGCGAAGUUGGACAAGGGCACAAAGACAAUCGUUGCAAAGAACUUCCAUGGGAUGUGCACAAUACCUCCAUUGAUCAUCGACCCAUUGCAGUUCAUAUUGGAUUCACUGCACUCUAUCAUGGGCGUCGUCAAGUUCUACAAGAAAAGGGUGCUUGACUUACCAGAAGACCCUAGAUUGUCUCCUGAGGUCAGAGCCACACUUGCCAGUAGUUUCAUUCAAGGACUAUGCCAAGCUUCACCUGGUCACUGGUGA